UUGAACAUUUCAACUUUAACACUCAUCCAUCGAAGACCAAGAUGCCUGUCAAAUUGUAUUACUCUCAGAGCGGAUAUACAUCAAGAUCAAUUCUUCUUUUGGCAAAAGCUCUCGACAUCUCUUUGACACUGCAAAAAGUGGACUUUCAACAAGGAGAGCAUUUGGCAGAAGAUUUUGUUGAAAUAAAUCCACAACAUACUGUGCCUUUUAUAGUUGAUGAAGGGCUUGCUAUUGCUGAAACUGGUGCAAUUAUGAUGUACUUAGCUGAAGAAUAUGGAAAAGAUGAUAUGCUGUACCCAAAAGACAUUAAGGCAAGGGCGAUUGUUAAUCAUCGUAUGUUCUUUUGUUAUUCAACACUGCUGCCACGUAUAGCUUCAGCAUACAUGAUUCCAGUAAUGUAUAAAGGACGGGGAGUAAAUGAGGAAGAAAUUCCAAAAGUCGAUGACGGUUUCAACACAUUGAACGCUUUUCUCGAAGGAAAACAAUGGUUUGCGGGAGAUCAGGUGACAAUCGCAGAUUACGCAUUUUUCACUGUCGUUUCCACUAUGGAGGCUAUAGGCUACGAACUGGACAAAUAUGAAAACAUCAAAGCUUGGUUGAUGAAUUGUAAAGAGACUUUUGAAGACUAUGACGAUAUAAACCAAAAAGGAGAAGAGAUGUUGGUUUCAAUCUAUAAGGCAAAACUAAGUGAAAAUGAGUAACAAACAUUAAAAAUGUGCUUAUUAACUACAUUGCACCACAAAUGUAGUAUUAAUUAAAUAUAUAACAUUUCUCGUUAA